CUGAGAUGUGACAUAAUAACUUUUCGUAGAACAAUAGCUAGAAAACAAUAGGUAAGAAAACUUGUGAUUCUGUUCAUAAGGAUGCCAAGGUUUUUUCCUAUGUGUCAGUCUGGGGCUCCAAGUUCAUAUAAGCACAUGUUGGUUACACAGAUUUUCGUGCCACGGUUCGAAAAGAUGCUGUCACCGUAGAAAUUUAAAAUGGACCCCCAGAAGGAUUUCCCGAAUGUCAGACGCACGCACUCAUGACCGACGAGAUGGAGUCCUCAGAAAAUCCAGCCGAAAGCCAGACUGAAGACUUGCUACCCAAGUCAAAAGAAAUAAAGUACAAAAAUGCCGGCAGAUCGACAUUCUCACAGAUCGUGGCUAUGCUUGUCUUGGCCUGUUUGCUCGUUGACUUUGGGCUGGAGCUGAUUAUACCCACCAUCGUGAUAGGUGCUCUUCAUAAAAACCCCGACGAAGCUCUGAACUUGACCGACGAGCAAGCAUCGUGGUUUGGAAGCAUCUUGUACUUCGCGCACCCGAUCGGGGCCCUGAUCUCAGGGUUCCUGCAGGAGCUCCUAGGGCGGAAGCGUAGCCUCCUGCUGGUGAACAUCCCGAUGCUGGUGGCCUGGAGCACGCUGUACCUGGCAAGCUCCGUCUACCAGCUCUAUUUCGUCUCAGCCGCGCUGGGCCUUUGCAUCGGCUUUUGCGAGGCCCCCCUCCACUCGUACAUCGGAGAGAUGAGCGAACCCCACGUGCGAGGAACCCUCUCAGCCAUGGGCACGGCCUCUUGCCUCAUGGGUAUGCUCAUCAUGUACCUCAUCGGCUACCUCGUCCACUGGAGGACGGCCGCCUUGAUCAGCAGCUUCGUUCCGGUCAUCACGUUCCUAGCCAUUGCCCAGAUUCCAGAAUCGCCCACUUGGUUGGUCAUGAAUGGCCGCGAAAAAGAAGCCCAAAAAGCUUUAGGUUGGCUGAGAGGCUGGCUCAAGCCGGAGGAGGUUCAGGAGGAAUUUCAGCGUUUGCUAGAGUACACUGACACUAAGCCAAAGUCGAAACGAUUUCGCGGCUCUCAAAGAGAAAAAUAUGAGAUGGUCCCUACCUCUGAAAACGGAGUGCCGCAACCGCUUCGAGAACAUGAUGAAAGUUAUUGGAGGAAAAAAUUCCGGGAAAUUACCAACAAAAAACUGUAUUUACCUCUGCGUAUGGUAUUUAUCGUGUUCUUUUUUGGCACAGCAACUCAGCUCGCAGCUAUGAGACCGUUUAUGGUCGGUGUUCUCAAACAAUUUGGACUUACUGUUGACAACUACUUAGUUUUGGUUUUGAUCUCCUUUUUCUACUUCGUGGGCGCGAUGAUGAACGUGAUCUUCGUGCGACGAUUGGGCAAGCGACGACUCACUUUGUACUGCCAAGCAUUGGCCACGCUCUCCGUCCUGCUUUUAGGCGUGUACCUCGCCUAUCUCACGGGGCCAACCAAGGCCCGAGCCAUCGACUGGAUCCCGAUUUUGCUCUUCGUUUCUUUGUUCUUUGCCAGUGGCUCCAGCAUUGCUCUCAUCGCUUGGCAACUUUGCGCGGAAGUUUUUCCCGUCGAAGGCCGGGGGACUGCACAAGGCCUGGUUGCAGCCUGGGCGUACUUAGUGAAUUUUGUGAUGUCGAAGUCCUAUUUGUACUUGGAAAGGCUGGUCCAGCUCAAAGGAGUCUUUUACUUUUAUGGUGCACUCUCAGCGUUGGGAUUUUUCUACUAUUGGCGCUAUCUACCGGAGACCGAGGGCAAGUCACUUGAUCAGAUCGAAACUUACUUCACGGAGAACUGUGAUGAGAAGGACAAAUUCACAAAACGGAAAAAUAAUCGUGGUUAGAGGAGCGGUGAAAAACAUGUUAAGCAAAAAAAAAAUGUAAAUAUUCGCAUGAAAACUGCCAAAAAUUGAUAUUUUUCUUUGAAAAAAAAAAAAAAAAAUGUACGAGCGCUGUGUCUUACUCGACUUUUAUCUCGAUCAAUCCUUGUUUGAUUUCGAUUUUAUUUCCUGUUUUCAUUUCAAAUAUCGGUGCAACUUUAUUUCGACUCAGUUAUGGCCGGCCUCAAAGCGUAGGUUAAUGAACUUUUGCUUCAGACAGAAUGUAAUUUACGACGAGUAAUCUCGUUAGAGUAAGAGUAAUACUCUAAAAUGACCAUUCAAAACACUCAUUCAACAAACCGAAAAGAAUGCGCUGUGCUAGAAAAGGCUCAAUUGUAAUUUUAAACAAAUCAUUACCAUGCUCAAAACCUUAUGCAUACUUAAUGCAUUUGUAAAACACAAUAUUAUAUAUUAGUUUGUAUCUAAUUGAAAUACUUUAUACCCUCAGUUGUAUUAUGCCGAGAGGUCUUGUAUGUUUUCCACAAAAUUUAGUUAAUCUUGAAAUACAUUGAUUGUAUAUUGAUCAUU